AUGCAGAGAAUAGGUCAGCUCGGAGUCAGCCAUUGUGGAAAGAAGUAUUUAGAGUAUUUGAGGUUUCGUUGUAUGCCUCGAUUAUAUUCCACGAAUGACUCUGAUCGACUACUUCCAAAUCAACCGACUAAAAUUUCAACCUACCCUGACUUUGACAAAGAGAAAGAAAGGAAGCUUCAAGAGAUUAUAGAUUCCUCUAAAGAAAAGCUUCCUGUCUCUGAGGAGCAAUUGUCUCUAAAGCCUGACUCUAGCGAAACUUACGUUAUGAGAAAAAAUAAAGCACGAGGGAGAAAGGGGAUUACUCCAGGAACACUGAUAACAUCGUCGACUAAAAAUGAAGCCACUAAAAAUUUAAAAGGCAUCCAAUUAAGAGAUGAAUCCAUGGCAUUAAAUUGGUUGAGCUCUCAUUUGAAAAUUGUAUAUAAUAAGUUAAAUCUCGCAACCAAGAGUAUAAACGAAAUUACGGGCUAUUCAGCUAUUGAAAUUUUGAAAAAAGACAUAGAGUCAAUGGAAGAUGAAUUGAAAUUAUCUAAGGUUUCGGUGAAAGAAAGUAAGAAGCUUUAUAUGGAUGCAAUUCAAAAAAGGUCACAGUCGCAAAAAGAGAUCAAUGAGCUAUUGACGAGAAGAAACUCUUGGACGUCCCAAGAUUUAGAAAGAUUUACGGAGCUCUACAAGAAUGAUCAUCUGAAUGAGCAAAAUGAGCUUUCAGCGCAGCAAGAUUUAAACAAAGCAGAGGCAAAAGUUGAGAAUGUUCAACUGAAAUUGAUUCAUAUGAUAUUAUCAAGGUAUCACGAAGAGCAGGUAUGGUCAGACAAAAUUCGAAGGGCUUCUACCUGGGGUACUUGGGUUCUCAUGGGUAUCAAUGUAUUGCUAUUUAUUGCUGCUACAUUUCUUGUAGAACCGUGGAAGCGCCAUAAGCUUGUCGGAUCAUUUGAAGAGAAAGUGAAAGAAGCGUUAACGAAUAUGUCAUCCAAGGAGAAAGAACGAAUUUUAAAUACUCAAAACCCAGUCGUGCCUAAAGUGGAGCAUUCAAAUUUACAAGACUCGGCUCGCAUUGUUAACUUUCCAUUAGAUUGGCAAAGGUUGCGAAACUCUCUACUUGCAGCCUACAACUCGUUUGCAUUAAAUGCUGGGGAUACAGUAGAAUUUACAAAACUUGACUUCGCUCUUAUGUCAACGAUAAUAUCCAUAAUUUCGUAUGGCCUUGGUGCCGCAGUAUCAUUAUACUUAAAGUAG